GCAAGGCACCCGGGCGGUAGCCUGGUCCUUUGCGUCGGAUGAUCCGGAGACUGUCGUCGGCGUCAGUUAUGGGAUGGAUGCCGGCGAUCUGGACGCUGCUGCCAAAAAGGCUGUCAUUGCAGAGAUGCCCUCCUCCUCAGGCCAUCCGGGUGCCCCCCAGGGGAAGAAAAUCGGGCACAGGAGAGUGGAUGCCUCUGGAGAGACCACUUACAAGAAGACCACCUCCUCCGCCCUGAAAGGGGCCAUUCAGCUGGGCAUCGGCUACACCGUGGGCAACCUGAGCUCCAAGCCCGAGAGGGACGUGCUCCUGCAGGACUUCUAUGUGGUGGAGAGCAUCUUUUUCCCCAGUGAGGGCAGUAAUCUGACCCCUGCCCACCACUACCCGGACUUCCGCUUCAAGACCUACGCCCCCGUAGCGUUCCGCUACUUCCGCGAGCUCUUCGGGAUCCGGCCUGAUGACUACUUGUACUCCCUGUGCAAUGAGCCCCUGAUCGAGCUCUCGAACCCGGGGGCGAGUGGCUCCAUCUUCUACGUCACCAGAGACGAUGAGUUCAUCCUCAAAACCGUGAUGCACAAGGAAGCGGAGUUCCUGCAGAAGCUGCUGCCGGGGUACUACAUGAACCUGAACCAGAACCCCCGCACCCUGCUGCCCAAGUUCUUCGGGCUCUACUGCGUCCAGUCGGGCGGGAAGAACAUCCGCAUUGUGGUGAUGAACAACCUGCUGCCACGCUCUGUGCCCAUGCACCUCAAGUACGACCUGAAGGGCUCCACCUACAAGCGCCGCGCCUCGCGGAAGGAGCGGGAGAAGUCCAAGCCCACCUUCAAGGACCUGGACUUCAUGCAGGACACGCAGGAGGGCCUGAUGCUCGACACGGACACCCACAGUGCGCUGGUCAAGACCCUGCAGCGGGACUGCCUGGUGCUGGAGAGCUUUAAGAUCAUGGACUACAGCCUGCUGCUGGGGAUUCAUAACCUGGAGCAGGCGGAGCGGGAGCGGCCAGCGGACGGCUCCCGGGGGACCAGCGGGGACAGGCCCGCCGUGGCCCAGAAGGCCCUGUACUCCACCGCCAUGGAGUCCAUCCAGGGGGGCGUGGCCUGCGGGGAUGCCAUCGACACGGACGACAUGAUGGGCGGUAUCCCCGCUGUGAAUGGCAAAGGAGAGCGCCUCCUACUCUACAUCGGAAUCAUUGACAUCCUGCAGUCAUACAGGCUAAUCAAAAAAUUGGAACACACGUGGAAAGCCCUCGUUCAUGAUGGAGACACGGUGUCCGUGCAUCGGCCCAGCUUCUACGCAGAGCGGUUCUACAAGUUCAUGAGCUCCACGGUCUUCAGGAAGAGCUCCUCCUUGAAAUCCUCUCCCUCCAAGAGAGGGCGGGGGCCACCAGCCCUGCCCAAGUACACAGGCCCGGGAGAGGCCUGGUCAGCCAGCCAGAAGGAGGAGGAGGAGAAGGCCCACAGCCUGCAUGGAGCCCGCAGCUGCUCUGUGCUGGAGGGCGACGUACGGCCAGACCUCCUCCCCUGCACCCCCCCUUCAUUUGAGGAGGCAACCACAGCCUCCAUCGCCACCACCCUGUCCUCCACCACCUCCCUCUCUAUCGCUGAGCGCUCACCGUCAGACACCCCCGAGCAGCCCAGCAGGAGACACAUCCACAUCCUUGAGAGAGGGGCGGUGGAGGAGGUCCAUGUGCAUGAGGAGGACCAGCAGACCAUCACAGUGGAGGUGGAGGUGAAGAGGGUGGACAGCAAGCCCACCAUCACCCCCUCACUGCACUCCCCUGAGAGCAGCCCCGCCCCGGAGGGCGCGGCCUCCUCCAUCACACCCAGCCCUAAGGUGGGAGCAGAGCCCGACGCAGCCAGCCAGCUGUCAGAGAGCACCAGCCAUGGCUCCCUAGAGGAGGACGUGCCAAUCACAGACAUCUACUUUCAAACUCCUGAGGAAAGAAGCUGGGUGUACUCUCCCUUGCACUACGAGACUGGCUCACAGUCUGAGUGGGACAAGGAGAGUGAGACAUGAGUCCUCUGCAGUAGAGGUCAGGAGAGGUCAUGGCAGGACCAGCGGGGUCAUCUCUCCACACACAGAGCCAACCACGCCAGUCACCAGCCCUCCAGGUGGUGACUGGGUCCAGACCCACAUCUGUGGGCUUGGGGAGGGUGGGGAAUAAAAUGGAAUAGAAAAGGAAUUGAGGACUAAAGCCUGGGAGAGAGUCCCAGUAAUCCCAUCCACACUUUGCUCCCAGCACCCCCUGCCACCCAACUGGACAAGUGGAGUCUGCCAUGCCCCAUCGCUGAGGGGCAGGUCUGACUCCUCUCCCCAAUCCACGCCCUUCGAGAGAACAGAUAUGUGCUCCCACAAUGCACCUCUCCCCUACUCUCAUCCAGGUCACCCCCAAGAGCUGCUUACAGCAUGCAGUAUCACAUCAGUACACAUCACUGAUCAGUGCUGUUUUGUUACCUUUUUAUGUAUUCAUGUGCACUUUUGUGGGCCAAGUGUAAUAAUGUGAAAAUAUUUUUUUGUUGUCAGCUCAAAAACAGCAGAGUGCUACCGUUGUUAAGAGUGAUUUUUGUUGUGUCUGUUGAACGUUCAUUUGCUCUGUGGUUUCCCAUCCCAUACAUUUCAUUCAGCUCACUCUGAUUUGCUGAAGGAGGAAUCACUGUGACUGUAUGCAGUAUUCCAGGGGCUUACUCUCAAUUUACAAAUCAGUUUCAUAAAUCAAGAUGGCCACAAUGUCUCUGAUUACUUUUGCACCAACUUUUUUCCCAUGUUUUUUAAAAUUAUUUUUCCCCAGUAUUAGCAGUUGCCAGGUACACAUUUAAGCUCAUCCUUCCGCAGCAACUGCUGAGCUCACACAGGAGCGUGGGACAAGGCACGCAGGCCCCGAUAUGCAUGCCUGCGUCCCGUGACUGUUUUGCAUUCUGCAAGUCCCACAACGCACCAGGGGGCAAGCACUGUCAGCGAGUAGGUUCAUCCCCUGACGCUGUCUGUGUAACUCAUAGUAACUCACCCAAAAGAGUCAUAGGAUAGCGUGAGCAGAGUGCAGAGGGGACCCUGGCCGACCUGCUCACACUUAUCCCCAGUGGAAUGAAGCACAUUUGCUCCGCCGAUGUGGGCUUUCCAAUCAUUGUCAGUAAAUGACACGAUUUGCACCAUCUUACCGUCUUUAUUAUUAUUUUUUUUUUACUCUGGCUUUUUUCCCAGAUUAAUGAGGCAAGAGAGAGGGAGGGAGAGAUGGUCUGUGUAGAAAAGCAAAAAAUGCAGCACCGUGCGAAGCAGAUGUCAUAAUCUGCAUGGUUUGAAUGCAGAUAGACUGCAGAAUAUGGCACAAGCAGGCAGCCAUUCUGUAUGUGUUCUAAUUCCCUGUUGAUCUUGUGUGUGCAUGCAUGUGCAUGCGUACAUAACACACAUUAAAGAGCUGAGGAGAAGGCACUCUGGGCCUGUGGGCCUGGAGUAAUGUUUUGAGUGCUGGGCUGGAAGGUGUUGGGUUUAAAUUCCAGUUGGUAUAGUAGUGUUAUACCCUUGGGCAAGAUACGGCAUUAGUUGUUUCAGUUAAAUUCAGCUAGAUAAAUGGGUUGAAGACUGUAUAACAGUAAACUGGUCAU